UUAACUAUUAAAUCAAAUGCCCUUAGCCAUUGAUUAAAAAAACAACCUCAGCCAAUGGUGGGCGAGUGUUCCAUCAGCAUCUGUAACCAAGCCUUCUGUAAAAGUUAGUUGGGAAUGGUUUCUGUAGGCAUCGAACUCUUUAAUUAUAUCAAUAAUGUAUUCCACAUGUUAGACGUUUCCAUGCUGCCACGAAUUUCUUCUGCAAAAACACAUGGAAUCACAUAUUGUUAUGCAAGAUCAAAGACUGCUGACAGUGGCUGAACAAGCCGAGGCAGCACGCUGUUGUGUCAGAAAUGAGCAUUUCCAAUGCCAUUGAAUAGUUAUAAAAUGCGAAUUCCAUAUAUCGCCAAUCUCAAUCUCACAGGAUUAUGUAGAGAAGGUUGGUUGAAGGAGUCGUUACACAAUCUGCUUACUACAUACAACCCACCUGUGAACACUUCUACGUAUGUUCAAUUCUUGCAGACAUGCAUUUCUAAGAAUGUCCUUUCAGAGGGUAAACAACUCCCACAUCAAUGAGGGCGGAUUUAUGUUUGCCACAGACAGACUUUUACAGAACACCCUUAUACGCAUGUAUGAAAAGUGUGGAAGUUUAGUAGAUGCACACGAAGUGUUUGAUCAAAUGACUGAGCGUGAUGUUUUCUCCUGGAAUGCCAUUAUUGCAGCGUACAGAUGGCAUGGGUAUCCUCAUGAAGCAUUGACACUAUUUCAUAAAAUGCGAGCAGAUGGCAUCCAACCCAAUCAGUUCACUUUUGCCAGCAUACUCUCAGCCUGUUCGAAAGUAAGAGUUCUGGAACACGGUAUGGCCAUCCAUCAAAGCAUAAUUGAAUGUGGAUUUUUGUCAGAUAGUGUAGUUGCAAAUGCCCUGGUAGAUAUGUAUGCAAAAUGUGGAAACAUACGCAAGGCACAUGACCUGUUCGAAAAACUGUCUCGAAGAGACGUGGUCUCAUGGACUGCAAUGGUUGCAGGAUAUACACAAAAUGGAUUUGUUGAAAAAGCCCUAGAAACUUUUAAGCAAAUGCAAUUGGCAGUUGUUCAGCCAAAUUCUGCAACCUUUGCAAGCAUUCUCCCAGCCUAUGCUAAAAUGGGAGCUUUAGAACAGGGUAUGGAAAUCCAUCAAAACAUAGUGAAAAGGGGGAUUUUGUCAGCUGUUGUAAUUGCAAAUGCUUUGGUAGAUAUGUAUGCAAAGUGUGGCAGCACACGCAAAGCACAUAAAUUGUUUGACAAAAUGCCUCAAAGAGAUGUGGUCUCAUGGAGUGCAAUAAUUACAGGGUAUGCACAAAAUGGGUUUGCUGAAAAGGCCUUGGAAAGUUUUAAGCAAAUGCAGUUGGCAGGUGUAAAUCCGAACUCCACAACCUUUGCCAGCAUCCUUCCAGCCUGUGCCAAAAUGGGAGCUUUAGAACAGGGUAUGUACAUCCAUCAAAGCAUAAUGGAAAGAGGUUUUAUAUCAGAUGUUGUAGUUGUAAAUUCCCUCCUAGAUAUGUACGCCAAAUGUGGACACAUACACAAGGCAAGGCAUCUAUUCGACAAAAUACCUCAAAAAAAUGUGGUCUCAUGGACUGCAAUGAUUACAGGAUAUGCACAAAAUGGCUUUCUUGACGAGGCUUCGAGGCUUUUCAGAGAAAUACCCCAAAGAAAUGUGGUUUCGUGGAAUGCAAUGAUCGCAGGAUACUCACAAAAUGAUUUUGUUGAAAAAGCCUUACUAACUUUUAAGGAAAUGCAACUGGUAGGUUUACAGCCAAACGCCACAACCUUUGCUAGCAUCCUCCCAGCCUGUGCCAAAACAGGGGCUUUAGAACAGGGUAUGGACAUCCAUCGAAGCAUAAUGGAAAGGGGAUGUUUAUCAAAUGUUACAGUUGGAAAUGCUCUGGUAGACAUGUAUGCAAAAUGUGGAAGUAUACAUAAGGCACGUGAACUGUUUGACAACAUGGCUGAAAAAAAUGUGGUUUCUUGGACUGCGAUGAUUGCAGGAUAUGCACAAAAUGGAUUUGUUGAAAGGGCCCUGGAAAUUUUUAAACAAAUGCGAGUGGCAGGUGUAAACCCAGACUCGACAACCUUUGUCAGUAUCCUCCCAGCAUGUGCUAAAAUGGGAGCUUUAGAACAGGGUAUGGAUAUACAUCAAAACAUAAUGGAAAGGGGAUUAUUGUCAAAUGUUGUAGUUGCAAAUGCCCUGGUAGAUAUGUAUGCAAAAUGUGGGAGCAUAAACAGGGCACGUGAACUGUUUGAAAAAAUGUCUCAAAAAAAUGUGGUUUCAUGGAAUGCAUUGAUUUCAGGAUAUGCACAAAAUGGCUUAUGCAAGGAUGCUCUUGAACUCUUCGAACUAAUGAAGCAAUCUGGAACAUGUCCUGAUUGUGUAAGCUUCGUUUGUGUUUUAUUAGCAUGCAGCCAUGCAGGUUUAGUGAAUGAGGGUUGUGAAUAUUUCAAUGGAAUGACUAACUUAUAUAACAUUAUGCCCACAAUUGAUCAUUAUGUGUGCAUGGUUGACCUUUUUGGCCGUGCUGCCUAUCUUGAGGAAACUCUAAACUUUAUCAUCAAAAUGCCAAUUACUCCUGUGGUGGUUGUGUGGACGUGUUUUCUUGGUUCCUUUAAAGCACAUAAGAAUAUAAGGCUAGGACUAUAUACGGCAACUCUUCUUUUUGAGCUGGAUCCUAAGAAUGCUGCAACUUAUGUUAUUCUGUCAAACAUCUAUGCAGAAGUUGGAAUGUGGAGUGAGGUUCAACUGGUAAGGAAAUUGAUGAAAGAUAGAGGAAUUGAAAAGAUACCUGGAUGUAGUUGGAUUGAAGGUUAUAAGACAGUACGCGGAUUUUGUGUAGCAGACAGAUAACACCAACCUACACUGUAGAUCCAUGCAAAAUAGGCGACAUCAUCUUAGGAUAUGAAGUCAGCAGGGUAUUUUACUGAUCAAAACAUGUACUGAAUGAUAUGGAAUCUGGAUGAUAAAAAGAAUUGUUCGUCUGCCACCAUACUGAAAAGCUGGCAAUCAUUUUUGGAUUGUUAAACAAACCUUUGAAAUACCUAUUAGGUUUGUCCGGCCGCCAGCGCCUUGUAAGUGUAUGAUGACUACCAUACUGCUGCCAAGUUUAUCUCCAAAAUUGUUGGAAGCGAAAUUGUUUUGAGAGAUGGAAACUGGUCACAUAGUUUCAAGUUUCAACUAUCAAACAAGGACAAUGUUCUUGCAGUGAUUAUUGCUGAUGUUAAGUGAAUCAAUCUAUAAAUAGAGGCUUACACUAUAACAAAAUACACGGUGUCUGACCUGCAGUGAUGAAGGAAUCAGAUUUGAUUUCCAGAUUCUAAAAUAUAUUCUUUUGUGCGUUUGGAGAUCUAGACUAGGCUACUGACUUUAUAAAAUCAUAUGUAUGAUAUGCAAUAUGCAUCACUGCCUGGAGGUACUGAUGAGAUAUUUGUUUAAUGCUGUUUUAUGAUACCAUGGAAAUGUCAUAACAUCGAACUGUUUUCAGGAAACCAACACAUCUGGAAUGCUGAGCAAAGUGAGAGGAAUGCUGGAGGGAUAUGAAAUAAUUCUUGAAAAGCAGGAAAUAUUGAAAAUUACUUACAAUGCUUGGAAAUUGUUGGGAGU